AAUCAGGCUUCCUUUUGAGUGGGUUGUUUUCUUCUGAGGGCAUGGAGCAAGUUUUCGUCUGGCCAAGCUGCUACAAUCAUCAGCUUUUCUCAUUCCAAGAAGCGCUCGAUUGGCGGUUUCUUGUUCGUUCUGAUUUCCUUGUGGGCUCUUUCGUUAACUGCACUUAGUUGUCUAAUUUCUGACACAGGUCUGAAGUCUGCAAAUUCUUCCUUUUUAUAUUCCUAGAGAAACCUCUUAAUCUUCUCCCUGCGGACAAAGAUUUGGUAGCCCUCUCUUCCAUAUCUUGUUCUUAUGGGCGCUGGUUGAACAAGGAUAUAACUUUUUUUUUUUUUUUUGAGUUUUGAGUCUAAACCUCUGAGUGAGAUGUUGUGAGCUUUCGGUCCUUCCUGUUAGCCAACAUAUUCUUUCUUGUUGGUUCCUUUGAGU